AUGAUACGUAGAAACGUUCGAGAGCCAGAGCUUGUAUUAGAAUAUAACGGCAAGAAUGUUUCAACCGAUGAAGCAAAUGUCUCUGAUGUUAUCAACACAACUACUGAAGAGCGUACUGAUAAUAUCUAUGAUCAAAUCAAGGAUAUCAUCAUGGAGUAUAUAACUCCUGAAGAAAGCAUUAUGUUGAAUGUUCUUUCGGUUAUUGUUGAUUUCACAACAUGUGAGUCCAUUAAGAUGUCUCAUUCUGUUGAUAAAACGGGAUUGAGAACUUUGGUUGUCGUUACAAAAGCUGACAGGUCUCCUGAAGGUUUGUUGGAGAAGGUUAAAGUUGACGAUGUUAACACAAGCCUUGGUUAUAUUUGUGUAAGGAAUCGAAUUGGCGAUGAAUCUUACGAAGAAGCUAGAAAUGAAGAGCAUAAGCUUUUUGAGUCUCAUUCGCUCCUUUCUAAAAUAGACAAGUGUAUUGUUGGAUUUCUUGCCCUGGCACAAAAACUUGUUCAUGUCCAAGCUAUGAUUAUAUCAAAAACAUUGUCGGAGAUUACAAAGAAGAUUAAUGAGAAGCUUAAUAAUAAUUUAAAGGAGUUGGAAAAUUUGCCUGCCAGUCUGUCAUCUUUGACAGAUGCUAUGUCUAUUUUUAUGCAAAUUGUUGCUCUUUCUAGAGAUUCUCUUAGAAAUAUUCUUCUGAUUGGAGAUUUUUAA